GUGUACACCGCCCGCAUGGGCGAGGUGCGGCACGACAACCUGGCCGAGGUGGUGAGUGGCGCCCGCGUCCUCCAGAUGCCUUGUGCCCUGCACUGUGCCGCCGAGGCCAUGCGCGCCCAGCUCUGCCUCGACAACUGCUACCAGCUCCUCUGCCUGGCCAAGAAGCAGCGGCUGGGGGAGCUGCGCGAGGCUGCCUACCGCUUCAUGAGCGACCACUAUCUGGAGGUGCUACGGGAGCCCGGCGGGGCCAGCGGCGGGUGGAGGGUGCUGACGCGCCUGCCCGAGGAGGCCAAUGCCAAGGGCUGUGCCAUGUGUGUCCUCCACAACUACCUCUUCCUAGCAGGGGGCAUCACAGCGGGGCCAGCGGGUGGCGAUCCGCGGGCCCGCCUUUCUGACAAGGUCUUCUGCUACAAUCCCCUCACCGACACCUGGAGCCAGGUGCGGCCGCUGGCUCAGCCCCGCUCGCAGCUCAAGCUGCUGGCCCUGGAUGGUUACCUCUACGCCGUGGGGGGUGAGUGCCUCUUCACUGUGGAGAGGUACGACCCACGGGCCGACCGCUGGAGCCCUGUGGCACCCUUGCCCAAGGGUGCCUUCGCCGUCGCUCAUGAGGCCACCACCUGCAAUGGGGAGAUCUAUGUGUCGGGAGGCUCGCUCUUCUACCGCCUGCUCAAGUAUGACCCCAAGCGUGACAUGGUGGCCUUCAAGAGCUUCAUCUACCGCUUUGAUGUGAGCAGCGGCCGCGGUGGGGAGCAGGGCCCAGGCGGCGGGACUGGUGGUGGUGUCGAAGUUUUCCGGUACAACACGGUGGCCAAGUGCUGGAGCCAGUGUGCCAGCCUGAGGCCCAGCGGUGGCCCCAUCCAGGCCUUCCGCUGCGUCCCCUUGGGCAACACCAUCUACUGCGUCAACCGGACUGGCACCCUUCGCUUCAGCCUAGCCCAGGACGGCGAGGUGGAAGCGGAUGGCGGGCUCAAGGGCACCUUCGAUGGGGAGCUUCUUAAAGCUCCCGUGGAUGUCAAGGGUGUCCUCUUACCCUUCGUGCUCACCCUGCCUGAGAGGCCGGACAAAGCAGGGGACCAGGAGGGCUCCCUCCUGCUGUGA